AUGUUGACAACGGAGCUCUCUGAAGCUGAGGUCUCGGCGCUCAGGGCCAACAAGGAUCGCCUGGCUACAGAUCUUCACCACUCAUGCCAAUGGGGGUCGGGGAUCAGAUGGGGAGACGGCCCUACAGAUACCGGUAUGCAGCGCUUGGCGCUCUCAGAAGAUGAUAAGAGUGUCCGUGAUUGGUUCAUCCAGACCAUGAAAGAUCUCAAGUGUAAUGUCACGGUGGACGAGAUGGGUAAUAUCUUUGCCGUCCGUCCUGGUCGCAGAGCGGACGUACCGGCCACAUUCAUUGGAAGUCAUCUUGAUACACAGCCGACUGGUGGGCGAUAUGAUGGUAUUCUUGGUGUGUUGGCCGGAAUUGAAGUCAUCAAGACCAUGGAUGAGAUGGGCCUAGAGACGGAAGGAGGAGUCGGCGUUGUCGAUUGGACCAACGAGGAGGGCGCUCGUUUCCCAAUCAGUAUGGUCUCGAGUGGCGUAUGGGCUGAGUGUAUACCUUUGGCACAUGCGCACGGUCUGAAAGAAGUACCGACGGUAGCAUCGCUGCCCACAGCAGCAUCAGCGCCAGAAAACAUGAAGAGUGCGCUGGAGAAGAUCGGUUAUCUGGGUGACAUUCCAUGUUCAUACAAAUCGACGCCAAUGGCUGCCCAUUUCGAGGUUCACAUUGAGCAAGGCCCAUAUUUGGUCUCCGCAAACCAGCGAGUCGGGGUUGUGACAGCUGUGCAGGCCUAUAGAUGGUUCCGGCUCAACGUCAUCGGUCGAGACACACACACAGGAACCACCGCCUUUGAACAUCGGGCAGACGCCCUCUAUGCGUUCUCCCGAAUGAUGGUGCGCGCACGAGAAGUGGCGGCUUCAAAGGGUUGUCUAGCCAGUGUUGGUAUUGUCGAGGCAAAGCCUGGCAGUGUGAACACAGUUCCUGGGCUGGUUAGCUUUAGCUUGGACAUCCGUGGCCCUGAGACGGAACUCGUUGCCGAGGUCGAGAAGGAGUUGCGCGUUGAUUUCGAUGCUAUUGCUGCUGCUGAGGGUGCUGGCAUUGGCAAGCCCUGCCGUGUUGAGUGGACUCUGGACUUCGACUCUCCUGCUGUUAAGUUCCACGAAGACUGCAUUGAUUGUGUGCAGCAGUCAGCGCAGGCAGUUGUCGCAGAUGAUUCUGUUGCGGACACAAAGUCGCUGGUGCGGACUAUCAUGAGUGGUGCUGGCCACGAUAGUGUGUUUACCUCCAAGCGUGUGCCGACGAGCAUGAUCUUUAUUCCAUGCAAGGAUGGUCUCAGUCAUCACCCGGAGGAGUUCUCCACUGCGGAGGACUGCGCGACGGGUGCGUCCGUUAUUCUACAGGCUGUUGUCCGCUACGAUCGGAAGAGAUUCUUGUAA